GUCGGAUUUCUUUCGACAAAAUCUCUAUGGAUGAGCACAUCGCAGCCCAUGGAGACCGCUUCCCUGCAGAGACUUCGACGAGCGCGGAGAGCGCAGAACCCUUGGAGUGGGGGGCCUUGUCGGAGAGGGUAUCGGAAACAUCGCAUCGAGAGCAUCAAGACGAGGUGACUCAAGAAAUGUCCAGCGAACGGGAAGACAAGCAACAGGACGAUGAGGAGCCGUCGGCACUCAAAUGGAGAGUUCCGACCGCCACAAACCCUGAUCGCACCUUCCUCCGCACACAUCCGGACGGACCACAACCCAAACCGCCAUCUCGUACGUGGACAGAGCCAGCGAUCAGCACUACGGCCAUCAAGGAUGAGACCAACAUCUGUAUCCGCGUCUUUCGCUCUCUUGCUACCCACCUUGAGCAGGCCGACGCCGGCUUCCGAGAGCUUCUCAGCCCGGUCGGCCUCGAAGAUGAAUUUGGCCGGUUCAAAGUAUGGGCCGGGAAUCUCGGUGCUCAGCAAAAGGGCCACAGCUCACUAGACUACCGAUUACGUGAUUCACCUCUACUCCAGUCAAAUGUGUUGAAGUUGCUUCGAGAGCUGGAAGGCAAUCUCAUCGAAGCCGUCGCAGUUGUUUCUGGAGAGAGGUUGCCUUACGAGCAGCAAGCAGCCUCUGCCGAUUUUAGUGACGAUGACUCCUCGGUCGCUUCUUCAGCUGCUUCAUCAGAAGGUGGCGAUAGCGAUAGUGAUGACGAGACACGUCCAAUGACGGAACUGCAGCAAAGAAUGAUGGAGUUCAUCGACAUAAUCAACAACCUCUACAGGCUGUCCAUUAGGAUACGGACUCCAACCGUCCACACUCGUUCCCUCAAAGCUGCAACUUUCAGACCAGUCGACCAGGAGACUGGAGUUGACCUGUUCUCCCAAUACGCUGUAUAUGACAAAAAACAUAUUCAAGAAGCUAUUGACCACCUUCGGAGAGGUCAGCCAGGUCAGCAUUCCGCUUGUGCUGAGUAUCUCCUUGAUCGUUUGGGCACUAGCAUCACAAGGAGACGUCAGCAAUUUAGAUACUGGAGGAAGCAUCGUGACAAACUUGCCAACGCAUCACGGACUGGGCUGGCAGAUCCUCUGGCACAACUCACGAUACCGGAACCGACACCUAGACCGGAACCGAAUCAUCUAGCGGAGACACAGGUAGGUGAUGCUAACGUGAACUUGGUUCCGCAGGUGCCGGCAAGCGAGGCCAAACCAAAGACUUUGCUAUCUGGGACCGAAGCAACUGCACACCAUCGCACCCUCGAUGAGGCGAUUGAUAGUCAAUCCGUUACUUCAAUGGCUACCACAGCUAGGGAUCUUAGUGGCCAAGGGAUUGAACUUCCACCUCCGCCUAGGUCCGCGACUGGGGAAAGAGAUUUCGAGUGUCCUUACUGUUUUGUAAUCUGUCCUGCAAGAUAUGGAAGAGAAAGAUCCUGGAGAUCGCACCUGUUACAAGAUUUGCAACCAUACGUCUGCACUUAUGAGGAUUGUACCAACCCUCAUCAGCUAUUCCGCAGUCGCCGAGAAUGGUUAGAGCAUGAGAGCUCAGCGCAUCGCAAAUUGUGGCGCUGUCCAUUUCACACGGAAGCUGUUUUUGCCAGUCCAACAGGUAUUAAAAGCCACUUGCUGAACGCCCAUGCGAACGAAUUGCCCGAGCAACAAAUAGACAGCGUAGUGAAUUUUUCGGAGACAUCUGCUAUCGAUACACGGCAGUGCUGUCCUAUUUGCUCUGCGGAUGCGACCGCUAUUGGGAAUCUCCAGAACCACAUCGCCAAUCAUCUAGAGAAAUUUGCCGCCUUUGCAUUACCAAAAUACGAUCAAUCUGAGGAAGAGAAAUCUAUCGCCAGCAAUGACGCUUCGAUCGGACGAGACAACUCUUCUCAAGAAUCGUCUAGCUCGCAAAUGGCUCCGUCGUUCCAAAGCAGAACAUCGUCUACGGAUGAAGGUACUGCUUGGCCUCUUGACCUGGUUCUUUCAUGGCUUGCCGAGAAUGAAUUCUCAAAAGUAUGGCAAGCGGCCUUCGAAGCACUGGACAUAUCUGGAUCCAAGUUCCUUGAUAUUGGUAAAAGCCCUGAGAAUUUCUUGUAUGGGCCCAUGCUACGCGCUGAAUUACUUCCUAAAAUGGCCGAACAGUGCAGUGAGAAGAGUUUAGAUUGGGACUCACAGGUUGAACUGGAGGAAGCGAAGAGACUAUGUGGACUAGUCAGUAUGCUGCUGGAAGUCUCAGAAGACCCAACAGUUGGUCCCCGUUCCGGUCCAGGUCUAGACUGGCCAUUAGAACGUGUCAUUUCGUGGCUGGUCGUCAACAACUUUUCCGAAGAAUGGCAGGAUGCUUUCCGGACACUUCGCAUACAAGGGACUGAUUUCCUUGACCUUCGUCAUGGGCUGCCACAUGAAAAGGACAGCCCCUCAAAGAUCAAGACAAUAUUGCUUCACCUCUCUGCAAGUUCCGCUGAGAAGGACGACGCAUGGAACCAAGAAAGGAUUCGAGGUGAAACGAGAAGGUUGAUUCAACUCGUGGAAGAAGAAGCAGCCGUCAUUCCGACCGCAUAUUACUGCUGCAACUGCGAACAAGGCCCCUGGAGCACUGCUAUCUAUACUAUCUGCAUCCAAUGCGGUCACGACCUCGGGCCUUCUCAUUGUACCCUGGCCAAGCUGUGUCCCGUGGAGAGUUGUGGCCAGUUUUCCAAGGACCUCAAGGCACAUAUGUCGACGCACCAAACGGAACGGCCUGAGAAGUGCCCUAUCGCGAGCUGCGAGUACCACCUCAAGGGCUUCACGCGUAAAUACGACAGGAACCGGCAUACUAUGACCCACUACAAGGGCACGAUGGUGUGCGCUUUCUGCCCAGGCUCUGGCUCUGCAGCGGAGAAGAGCUUCAACCGGGUUGAAGUCUUCAAGCGGCACUUGACUUCGGUGCAUGGUGUCGAACAGGUGCCGCCUAACAGCCGUAAGAAGUCUCCAUCGUCUAUCGAAAGCUUUGCUUCGACGCAGAACGCUGUUGGUACCUGCUCUAUCUGCUCCGUCACUUUUUCCAACGCCCAAGAGUUCUAUGAGCAUCUCGACGACUGUGUGCUGCGCGUUGUAGAGCAGACAGACCCCUCAGAGGCUAUUAACCAGGAGCUGCUGGCUUCGGUUGCCGACGACAACGAAAAGCCAUCAGUGCUUGCAACAAUUAUGGCGCAAAACAUAGAUUCAGCUAUCGCUAAUACCUUGGAAGUAGGGGUCUGGCUUACGGGAGCGCUUCAUGGAUUCCGGGAUAUCCUUACCAUUGACGGCCGGCGUGUUGUUGAUGAGACUGCACGAAUUGUCGAGACCACGUGCAAUACAAUGAAAGAGCUCCGACAAAGGUUCGAAAAUCCUGCGCUCCAAGAUGCAACAUCUUUGGAGACGAGAGAGGGACUCACUGCUACGGAAGAGAUUGUCAGCUCAUGUUUGGUCGUUUUUAAAGAAAUUGAAAUGGCUAUCACUGAACCAAUUUCAGCCGAGUCCAAGUUCACAAACUGGGACACCGAGCUCCGGAGGCUCUGUCAUGAGCUUGAAAUCCUCCAUGACAGGCUGAGGAUAGCAGCAGUGCCUUCAAAACCUAGGGCGCCGACACCUGAGGAGACCCCGUUGGCACGUAUUAAACAGAUCCUUAAUCCAUUCGAUCACACCGGCAAAGGCUUUGAUGAUACCGCUGUAUCCGCACCUGAUGGAAUUACUGAACAAGCACCAAAAAUGACAGAGCAACCCGCAGAGACGUCAGCAGUCGAGAAAGAUUUCGGCUAUCAUGCGAAUAUCCUGCAGAUAACCAGGAUGACUUACGAAACAACUGACGACGAGGUGGAAGCAUUUUUCUAUAAUCAAUCUGGACUGAAAAAGUUCUACUUUGUACGGACAAAGGCUCUUUUGGGAUACGCCAAGUUCCGUACUAAAGUUGACACUAAUCACUUUUUGAAAUACUUCGACAAAUCACAGCUGCCAGGCAUUCAGCUAACACCAAUCGAGAGCUUUGGACUUAGAGAGCACAAAGAUCCAGCCUCUGCCGAGGUUACUGAUGAAGCUAUUGCCGAGCACAAUGAUAAACCCUUCAUCCAGAAGCUUGUCACCAUACUUAAGCCUCCAAAAGGGAAUGGAAAGGUGAUACGCUGGUCUAGAGACGGCAACGUUAUUGUGGUCCUUGACAAAGAGCGCUUGGUUAAGGAGAUCCUACCAGGUGUGUUCGGCCUGUAUGACUAUGACUCCUUCGCCACCGAGUUGAAAGAGCACGGAUUCCUGCAAACUCUCUUGAAGGAACACGAAUCCUUGCAAACACAACCAUCAACAGAAUCCCCCGUGUGCUGGUUCCACAAGUACUUCGUACGGGGGAGACCAGAGCUAUGUCGCCUUAUAUUUGGGCCCAACUCGAAUGCGGCGUCGAAAGCCUUUGCCAAAAGCCUCGCUGCAGGGACACAAGCCUCUAUGGGCUCUGUCAAGGCCUUGUCAGACAUCCCAAACGUCAGCCAGCUUUAUAGUAGCGGAAAACUUGUUGAGCCGUCGACAAAACAUUUCCCGAACUUUGUUCCGGCCUUCGCACCGAAUGAGGCAUACAACAAGAAAGUCUCGCUCAUACAACACGACAUCACCAAGCUGGAAGUCGAUGCAAUUGUCAACGCAACGAACUCUAACCUUAGCAAAGGCACGUCGGACUCAAUCAGCUUCCAUGUACACCAGGCUGCUGGCCCAGAGCUUCUUCAGGAAUGUAACGAUAUCGGGCCUUGCGAUGUUGGCAGUGUUGAAAUAACGGACGGAUACAAGCUUUCUUGCCGCAAGAUCCUGCAUGCGGUCAGGCCUUACUACUACCAGGUUAGGGGUGACGGCACCGACUACAACGAUUUACUGGCGCUCUGCUAUUGGAAUGCUCUAGAGGUUGCCGUGCAAAACAAUCUGAAGAGUGUCGCCUUUCCUUGUAUGAGCGCCGGUGGCUACUCGUUUCCUCCGUAUGAAGCGGGCAAAAUAGCGGUCCGGACUGUUCGGGAGUUCUUGAACUCAGGGGAGGGGAAUGCGCUAGAACGGGUCAUUUUCUGCGUUUACUCCGACCAGAAUGCGCUCGUAUAUCAAUCACUGCUUCCGAAGUUCUUUCCUGCCUCAACGACAGAGGAUGAUUACGGCGAGCCGAGCAUGUUCGAGGACGAAGAGGAUGCAGAGUACAAGAGCCAAGACAUCAGGUUGGACAGUGGAAAGACAGAAGACCCCUUGCCUCAUUCACCUCCUGGAGAACAGCAGCAGUCUUCUGCUAGCCUGUCCCAAAGCAAGCAAUUAGACGACAGCAAGCCUGCACCACCCUCACGUCGUCCUACUGACACGCCGCGCUUGUGGGCAUGUUGCAAAUGCUACGCACGCCCCAUCAACGCGACCAACUGCUUGGUCUGCUACCACAAACAUUGUGCGGCGUGCACUGACGAGACUGGCGGUCACCGGCGGCCGGGCCUCUGGCUUGUGCCGCUGGAUGCGGGCGGGCUCGAUCUCGAAUUUGGUGCCCGUGAAAACGAUGACGGCUAUGCCACGCCGUCUGCCGUCCGCCGUACAGAUGUCACGACUGACACGUUGGCGUACUUUGACCUGCCCUGGCGCGUCGAUGAGAAUAACCCAACGCGCAUCAUAAUCAAGCGCCCCCUACGCGCCGACCAGCUCGCCGUCCUCUUCAAGCACAGCGCGCGCCACAACACCACCAUGGCAGAAGGAACCGCCGUGCACGCGCGCGUCCUGGCGCCCGGCGUCCGCGCGAUCGUCCCGCUGGGCUCGGCACCGGACCCGGAAGACGAAGGCGACGGCGGCAACGACGACGGAAGAGGAGGAAAAGCCGCCCAGGCGAUACGCAUCCCCGACCCCGCGCUCCGCCCCACCCACUGCACGUUCAUGCUGCGCCAGCGUAUCGUGCCGCGCCCGGGCGACGUCACCAUCACCGUCUCGACGGCAGUGUUGCGGUCGUGGAUUCUGCUCGUGCCGCCACCGCCGCCGUCGGCUGAUGCGUCGGCGACGACGACGGAUGGCGCGGUCCUGCUCAAUGGGCGCCGCGUCGAGCCGGAUGCGCGGUGGGGCGCGAGCGUGGAGCUGCAGGGCGGCGACAUCCUUGGACUGGGCGAGGGUGCGCGGCAUUUGUUCCGGGUUGAGUGCGAUGGGGGGAGCGGGGAGAGGGACGAGCAGGAUGAGGGCGUGGAUGAGACGUUGUGGGCGGUGGAGGCGGAGAAGAGGGCGAGGAGCUGGAGGGCUUGUUUGGCGCGAUGAGGCUGGAGUAGGGUAGGGUACGUGUGCACAAACACUGCACAAGCAAUCACACAAUCCUACCUCUCCUCACCCAACAUAACCAACAAACAUACAAGACCUAGUUACAUAGCUAGCCAGC